AUGGGUAUGGAUAAACUGAGUAACAUCAUUGCCAAGAAAUUUGGUCAAGGAACAGCUCUUUAUUGUUCGUAUUUCUGUUUUUUGAUUUGGGGUAUUUUUCUAUGUACAGCUUUGGAAGUUCAGGUCAAAGUUGGCAGUUAUGGUCGAAGUGAGUGUAUGAGGUCUAAUGUCAAAGAUGGUGGUUGGGGUCAAAGAUAUGGGUAUUUAUUGUGUCAGGGGAUGUUCGGAUGGGACAAAAUACCUAUACCACAUAUAUGGGUUGAUAUGAAUGAAACAGUUUUUACUGAGAACAUAUAUCUGGUUGUCAAGAUAGCUUCGUCCAGUCAAAGUUAUGUUAUGGCUAAAGUUAUAGAAACAAUAGAUAUAAAGAUAGAUAAAAUAGAGAGUGUUGUAGUUAUAUCCUGA